UGACUAACGAUAAAGAUUCCAUCUUUGUCGAAUUCCGGUGGUGGAAAAGAUGGGUUUGAAGUUUGAACACUCUUUCUUCAAUCUUUAUCCGUCCGUCCUCGUUGAUGAUGAUUGUUGUGUGUGAAGAAGGAUUGAUCAAGAUUUUCAGAUAAGAAGCUUUCCGAAACAGGGGAACAAAAGAAUUUGGAAAAAAGAAAACACAGAUCCUGUUUGAAGGAAGACCUUGCAGCUAGUACAUGUUCCCUAUUACACACACAUUCUCUCUCUCUCUCUCGUAGGUAUAAAUGGUUUUGUGUUUAGCUGCCGAAGUUGGGAUAUAAGCUGGCGCACCUCCUCCAAAGCCACUUCUUUUUUGGAGCAUUCUGAUUCCGCCAUAUGAAAAUAGCAAUCCACCAGCAUCAAACCAGAUGAUGUUCAUCCUCUCUCGCUCUCUCUGUCUCUCUCUCUCUCUGGGGGGCUGUGAGUUGACUAAGUAGCGGGUACUCCAAAGUCCAAAGAGGCCUUGUUUCUUGUGUGGGGUCGCACCUCAGGAGCUAGGAGAAUCUUGGGCUCGCACAAUAUCGAAGAAUUCGUUGAGCGUUUGGAGACGCAGAUAAUUACUAUGGCCAGAAGGGAGGUUCUUUCUUGUGCAGGGCAUAUCGGAACUUGAGGCACCCGGCUUUCUUUGGAGCUCUUUAUCUUUUCCUCCUUUUCAAUCAGAUGAGAUCUUGAUUUCGCAAAAGUUUCUUGCUUGUGGGUACUUGAGGAGGAGAGCAGGAAAAAAAUCGAAGAGAAUUUUUAAGUCGCCCCUGUGAGAAUCUCCUGGAAUCUUUCUUUCAUAGUCAGAAAGGCGAUUUCCUGCGCGUUUCAGAUGGAAUAGCAUCCAGAUAUCUUUCAGUUGAUGACGGAAAAUAAAAUGGAAGACACUGUCUUAUCACCAAUCUCCAUGCCCGGCACAGCCCUGGAUUCAGCCAUGGACAUCGACUUCAUGGAUGAACUGUUGCUAGAAGGAUGCUGGAUGGAGACUAUGAAUGGAUCUGAAUUCCUCCAACAGAGCCCUCCCAGUUUUAGUGCCUUCUUUGACUCUCCAUUUCAAUGGCCUGCUCUAGAGAAUAUUGAGUGCAAUUCCAGCGCCAACCAGCUUCAAAAGAACAACCAAGAGGAUAUGCAAACACCAUUGCUUCCCGGAGAUUCUCCUAUGGAAGAAGGCCAAGCAAAACCUCUCGAUAAUUCUCAGUCUCUGAGUGUUGUUGAGUGUUCUAGUCGGUCAGAUAAACAUGUCAACGAAGGAUCUGACUUAAGAAGAAGAUGGUGGAUUGGGCCGAGGGUGAGUUCGGGUUCAACAAGUUCUGUGAUGGAUAGGUUGAUCCGUGCUCUUGAUCACAUUCAAGAUUUAACGAAAGAUAAGGAUGUCCUCAUCCAGAUAUGGGUGCCUGUAAAUAGAGGCGAUAGACGUUUUCUCACAACCAACGACCAGCCCUUUUCACUUAAUCCUAGCAGCAGGAGACUUUCGAAGUACAGGGAAAUAUCAGUGAAUUAUCAGUUUUCAGUGGAGGAGGAUUCCAAGGAAUUGAUGGGAUUACCCAGUCGCGUAUUUUUGGGGAAGGUUCCUGAAUGGACUCCCGAUGUCCGCUUCUUCAGAAGCGACGAGUAUGCCAGGGUUGAUCAUGCUCAGCAUUUCGAUGUCCGGGGAACACUUGCCCUUCCUGUCUUUGAACAAGGGAGCAGGACUUGCUUGGGUGUUAUUGAAGUUGUGAUGACGACCCAGAAAAUCCAGUAUCGGCCUGAAAUUGAAAGCGUUUGCAAGGCACUAGAGGCUUUUGAUCUUAGAAGCUCUGAAGUCUUCGGCAAUCACAAUGAAGAGUCCCGCUCGAAAUCUUAUGAAGCCGCAAUACCUGAGAUUCGUGAAGUCUUAAGAUCCGCCUGCGAGACGCACGGAUUACCAUUAGCCCAGACGUGGGUCCCGUGUAGCCAACAAGGUAAAGGAGGUCGUAGGCACUCCGAUGAGAAUUAUGUUAAGUGCGUUUCUACCAUUGACCAUGCUUGCCAUGUGGCUGAUCCUCGCAUCCAACCAUUUCACGAGGCUUGUUCUGAGCAUCACUUGCUAAAAGGUCAGGGGGUUGCUGGGAGGGCGUUUCUAACUAACCAACCAUGCUUUUCAUCAGACAUAACUUCUUUGGGAAAAACUGAAUACCCUCUCUCUCACCACGCAAGAAUGUUUGGGUUGCGUGCUGCUGUUGCUAUCCGUCUAAGGAGCAUCCACACUGGUACAGCUGAUUUUGUGCUGGAGUUCUUCUUACCUGUGGAGUGUAAGGAUCACGACGAACAGAAAAAGAUGCUUGGUUCGCUCUCCAUCAUUAUUCAACAGGUUUGUCAGAGUUUGCGGGUCAUUACUGAGGAGGAAAUCGAGGAGAAAACUGUCUUGCCAGAAAUUCCAGUGCCUUCAGAAGGCAGGCCUCAAGGCGAACAGUCACUGAAGGUGGACGGUAAUCAUUUGGAGAGGUGCUCUGAAGAAGAUUCAUCCUGGAGCGCUCAUGUUGAAAAAGUUCGGCAGAGUGAUACAGUUGCCUCAGCGACCCAAAAGGCCAGAGCGGGGGAAUUAUUGGUUGAGAAAUCUCUCGAUUUCAGGCAAUUUCAAGACUCGAGUACUGAACGUGGUGAAGAUUGCUCUUUCUAUGGUGAAGGAAACUGCUCCAAUGCGGCCAGGGGAAAAACAGGAGAUAAGAAACGUACGAAGGCGGAGAAAGCCAUCACCUUGCAAGUCCUUCGUCAGUACUUUGCCGGUAGUCUUAAAGAUGCUGCAAAAAGUCUUGGUGUUUGCCCCACAACCUUGAAAAGGAUAUGCAGGCAACAUGGGAUCAAGCGUUGGCCGUCUCGAAAAAUCAAGAAGGUCGGUCACUCCUUACAGAAACUUCAACUUGUAAUGGACACUGUCCAAGGUGCGCCGGGUUCUUUGCAAAUCGGUUCUUUCUACACAAACUUCCCAGAUCUGGCCUCUUCAAACCACGGCGAUCAUCAGCAACCCCUGAGCAUGCAACCUGGAGCCCUGAUCUUGGAUUCCCAGGCCGAUGUGUCGAAGUCGGCGUCAUCGUCGUGCAGUCACAGUUCCAGUUCCAGUCAGUGCUGUUCCAGUGGGAGAAAGCAGCAUCAGUCCAUAGUGGACCUCGUCGCCGAAGGAGAUCCUUUAGUUUCAGAAAACAGUGCGAACGUUAGUCCUUUAACAAGGGUCCAAAGUCAUGUGGAAUUACAAGGCUCGAGCCAGGAAGAGCAAAAGCUACUGACGAGAUCCCAGAGCCAUAGAUCUUUGGACCCCAACAUGGAGAAUCCGCUGCCGUCACAGAAACACGAUUGCCAGGCAUCGCGAGAGGGGGAUCCUCUGAGAGUAAAAGUGGGGUAUGCAGACGAGAAUAUCCGCUUCCGCUUGCAGAAGCAUUGGGAUCUAAAGGACUUGUGGGGAGAAAUUGCGAGGCGGUUUAGCAUAGUGGACACGAGCAAGUUCGACCUCAAGUACUUGGACGACGACUCUGAGUGGGUGCUGCUGACAUGCGAUGCAGACUUGGACGAGUGCAUAGAUGUCAGCAGAUCAUCCCCGGGUAGCACGGUCAAACUCUCGGUCCAAAAGUCCCAUCAUCAUCGUCGUCUAGUAGGGAGUUCUUUGGGCAGCAGUGGCCCUCCACAGAUGUGUGAUGCUUCCCGAGUCUGCGGUCGAGGUUGCCGCUGCACGGUUUAAUAUAUGCCUGAAUGGUUUCAAGAACCUCUUUCCAUGUGUAUUCGCGAAGAUCUCGCGGGAGAAGAAUUGUAAAGUUUUGUACUGAGUGGAUUGGUACACAGGACAAUCAGCUAGAGAAAGAGACUUCUCAUUUUGGAUGUGCGUGGGAAUAUUUUAGGACAGACGUUUCAGUGGCAUUUCCCGUAAGGGCGUUUUUCUGUUCGUUUCAAAUAGUAUGUUCUUUCAACUGCCAUCAUUCUUACAUGGGAAUGAAAAUGAAGUUUUCUCUUCUGGCCACCAAAGAA